GAAAGAGCCAUGUAUAGAAGAGCUUGCUUCUGUGGCAGCCGUCACUGCUGUCUACCAUGGACAACAUAAUUUGGUAGGAUCAAAUGGCACAUGAAAUACCAAGGUCCAAAGUGAAACUGUCCAAAGCAGGUUUUUUUCAAAAACUUCAAUGCAAAACACGUGACAACAAAAUGCGUAACCCAGACAUUCAGUUUACAAGACUGCGGUGGUUAUUGACCUUUGCUGGACUCUUCUUGUAUGUUGCGGACAUCUACACAGACAUUAGUUUGGCUUUGAUGUAUUUUCAAGAGAAACAAUGGGUCUGGACCGGCCUGACCAUAUUGUUUGUUCUGGCUGGACUACUGGUGACCCAAAUCUUCAGCUGUGCCUGGUACUGGGAUGACAUAAAGGAGGAUCUGCUAAAACCACAGGAACAGAUAUCGGGAAUAUCCAAAGGUGGACUUACCCUCCUGCACGUCUUAGGUGUUGGCAUUUUCAUCAGGUAUUAUCAUCUGCUGAACAAAGGUUCCAAAGUGGUUUGGACAACAAAAAAGUCUCAUACACUGGAAGAGAGCAGGGAUGUGCAUGUGCACACGCACCCCAGUCUGUUUAGCCUGGCUACUGAUCUGAGCAUGCUCAAACUGUUUGAGGUUUUCCUGGAGAGCGUUCCCCAGCUUCUUCUACAGCUAUACAUAGUGCAGGGCCGAGAUGAGGACUCAGUCAUGCAAUAUGUAUCCAUGGCUUUCUCCCUCUCUAACACUGCCUGGGCCCUGGUGGACUAUCGCCGCUGCUUGCGCAGAUCUCUGCCCCAUAUCAAGGAGAUGCCGCCUGGCAUCCCCACUGCAGUCUACCUCCUCUACAAACUCUGCACCAUCACCAGCCAUAUUCUCAGCUACAGCCUCCUCCUGAUACUGAACAUCUACAGCAUAAUAGCUCUCAUCAUCCUCUGUUUGUUGGGGAUGAUCUGGACACAAUUGCUUCAGACCAACUUCUGCUCAUCCAAAUACCUUGAGCUGCUCUACAGGGCAGUGACAGGAGUCAUCCUCACAUUCACUUUUUUCAAUGUGAAAGGACAGGACACGAAAGUACCUAUGAUCAUCUAUUACAGUUGCCAUACUUUUAUAAAUAAUAUGGCUCUAUUAUUGCUGGCUUUUCUGAAGCCAGAGUUGCAGACAGACAGAUUUUUGCUGACAGUCUGUGGUUUAAUCAUUGUAGGCUCAGUGCUGGGGCUGGUAAGUCUAGUGUGGUACUAUGUCUUCCUGCAUCCAAGAGAGAAGUGCAGUGAGGCAGAUGAAGUAGACGGCCUGGGAAGAGAAACAAAGGCUACGAGAAGAAUAAGGAACUUUUUACAACCUUAGAAAAGGUUCUUUCAUUUUAAGGCAUUGUAUGGAGAAAUAUAUGCAGCCGUCAUGAAUCUGACCACAAUAUCAUCGUCAUUGUGCUCAUUAUACUGUAUAUUAAUACUGUUUUCAGUUAUCUUCCCCUCUUCUGAGAGGAUGUGCAA